AUUUCUCCCAUGAACGCCACAGCUGGAAGUUAUCUUGGUAAACCCGCCGAAGAUCCUGAUGCGUCGUUGAGAGACGUGUUUGCCAAGGAAGAAAACCACCCGGACGCUCUUGCCUCCAUUUUAAAAUAUUGUCAAAAUGAGUCGGGUUUCAAAGUCGGCGACCGCGACACGUCAAAGUUUGGCGAAUUGCUGGCAAGCUUCCAAGGCGUGCUGGAUCAACAAUCAAUGAUGCCCUACUCUACGAGCGGCAGCAAGGACUCGGUCAUGGGUAGCAUUAACAACUUUUUGUCUGAUUUGCCUGACAAAUCAAAACUCGAAACUUUCACCGUAAGCCUUCCACCCGGUCCAUUUGAUUCCUCACUCGUGCAUUUUUGCAUCCAACAGCAAGGCUAUCGCCUCUUCCUCUAUAUUGCUACUGUAUUAGCGAAUGGUGAUGAUUAUAUAACCAUCGGUGUUGCCGUCAUCAGCAAGUGGGAACUGAACCGGGACGAAACAAUUGCUCGUGCAGACGAACUGGUAGAAAAGACAAAGUUGAAGGAACAAUUGGAUGAUUGGCUGAAUGGUAUCACAAGCAGUGGAUAUGAAUAGGAUGGUGUAUUAGCUCUGCUUACUUUGCUUGAUAUGUUGCAUUUGAUACCAGAUGCUGUUGGCAUAAAACAACAUUCUGACAAAUAAAGUACCUACAUAUAUAGCUCAGUCAAUGAAUAGGUCUCAUUGAU